GUUUUGAUUAUUGUGCAGCAAUUGGACAUAUGACAAGGGGGUUCGCCAGCCGUCGAGCAUGAUUGGAGCUCUUAUUAGGCAGUAUUGGCCGGGCUUUUACACUCCGGUCCUCGGCGGCGAGAGGAAGCUAGCCGAGACUUGGGCGGACUAUGAGGCAGCUCCUUGCCCGGGCUUUGGGACAGCUGCUGACGCCGUGUACACCAAGUUUUGGACCCAUUAUAAGGUGCCUGAUGAUAUGGUUGAGCAAGGGAAGGCGGUACUGACUAGGGCUUGUCAGAGGUUGACAAGGCAACAGUGGUACAAUCAGAAGCAUACCUGCAUCGGGCACUUCAAGGCUGAGCAGGGCAUUAGGGUCAAGAAAGCUGACAAUAUCAGGGACGAUCCUCAGCUGACGAAGGAAGAUUACUUGAGGGUAAGUAAAUAUUCAAUGAGACUCUAUGUUGCUGCAUAGUUGGGAUUGCAUUAUGUGUUCUUCAAAUGAGUUUUGGUUUU